GGUUGAUAAAAAAAUAAAUAAACCACAGCAACGGUCUGUAUGUCCACUAGUUAGCUUGCUAGCACCUUCCGCACCCUGGCGUUCUGUAAUUUCCAAACUUUCAUCAUUUUAUGGGAGAUAUUUUUCAUGUCAGGUUUGAGUUAAAGUGAACUUUGCUGGGAUUUUAUGAACUUGUGUACUCAGUUUGUUGUCCGCGCACGGAUUAUUUUUGGAUUAGCUUCGGUACCGGAGAUAGCUUAGCUGGCUAACUAGCUAGCUAGAGUAAAGAGAGGCAGUGUAAAUGGGGAACAGCGCUCUCAAAGCUCACCUGGAGACCUCACAAAAAACCGGCGUGUUUCAGUUAACAGGCAAAAACCUGCAGGAGUUUCCGGAGGAGUUACAGCGGCUCAGCGGGAAUCUGCGCACUGUCGACUUGUCCAACAACAGGAUCGAGACGCUGCCCGUGUUUAUAGGAAACUUCCAGCAGCUGAAGAGUCUCACCAUCAGCAACAACCGCCUGACCAGUCUCCCUGCGGAGAUGGGGAAGCUGAGGAAGUUGGAGACGUUGGUGUUGAACGGUAAUCAUCUCUCUCAGCUCCCCGCCUCGUUCUCUCAGCUCAGAGCUCUGCGCACGCUCAGCCUCUCGGCCAAUCACUUCAGAGAAUUUCCCAGCAGCCUCGGCUCCCUGCGUCAGCUCGACGUCCUCGACCUGUCCAGAAACCGCAUACAGGCCGUUCCUGCCGAGGUGUCCGAGCUGCAGGCCAUCGAGAUCAACCUCAACCAGAACCAGAUCUCCGCUCUGUCUCCGGAAGUUUCUCGCUGUCCGAGACUGAAGGUGCUGAGGUUGGAGGAGAACUGCCUGGAGCUUUCCUCCAUCCCCACCUCCAUCCUCACACACUCCAGCGUGGCUCUGCUCUCCCUCGAGGGAAACCUGUUCGAGGUGAAGAAGCUGCGCGACCUCGACGGAUACGACAAGUACAUGGAACGCUUCACGGCGACGAAGAAGAAAUUUGCAUGAAGGACAAAAAAACCCCAAAAAAACGGGUAACUAGGGACACGACAGAAAAGAACAGAAAAAUAUUUCAGUGAAGAUUAAAACUGCAGCGCCGAGUUUCUGCUGUACGGAAAACUUCAGCGAGGAAUCACUACACAGCGUAUAACACACGGCGUUAGAGCGGCAAGAUGUCACGCUUUAACGUCCUCACACACAGGUUUCAGAGUGUUUAAAUCCAACACACACACACACACACACACACACAGGUGGAGUGCGACACUCAAACUUCAAAUACAUAGAGUUUGUAGUACAGAGAGUCAAACACGAGGCGUUAAAGAUCUUAAUUAAUUUACGUUCAUUCAUUUUAUGAUAAUUUAUAAUACUUCACAUAAUUGUCAGUAACUUCCAAGUUAUUUUAAACAGGCACUGAGGUUUCAGAUUUUUAUUUGUUCACUGUUUGAUUUUCAAAACCAACAUCAGGAUUUUUCUCUCUCUCUCUCUCUCUCUGUCUGUCUCUCUGCCUUUAUCUCAGUAGUCACAUCCUCCUCUCUGUGCUGGAAAAAAACUACAUAAAGCACAUAUUUAUUUGAAAUAGAGCCAUUUACUGACUGUUAAACUUAAAAAAUAGGCAUCAGACAGUUGCAAAAGUAUACCUAGACCUCUUAUUAAUGUCUUAUUAAAGUCUUAUUAACGUAUUA